AUGGCAUCUUGUAAAUUUGCCCAUAUCGUGACGACAGUACAGCAUGGAUUUCCUCACAGAGCGUCAGCCCUCGCCUGGGACCCUCUCCUACGACUUGCUGCUCUCGGUACUGCAUCUGGCGCUUUGAAAGUAUACGGAAGACCUGGAGUCGAAUUGUAUGGACAACACACCAAUCCAGAUUCCAUAGUUACACAAAUACAUUUUAUACCAGGAACUGGACGUCUAAUAUCCCUCUGUGAUGACAACACCCUGCAUUUAUGGGAAAUUAACGAAAAAUCGCUCGUAGAGCUUAAAUCGCAUGCUUUUGAAGGCAAAACAAAAAAGAUAUCAUCGAUAUGUGUAGAGUCAUCAGGAAAGAAUUUCCUACUUGGGACGGAGGGAGGCAACAUAUACACCGUAGACUGCAACACCUUCACAGUUCACGACGAUGUUAUUUAUCAAGACCUUAUUAUGGGAAAUUGUCCAGAAGACUUCAAAGUGAACCCGGGCGCGGUGGAGGCAGUCUGCGAACACCCCAAAGUGCCGAGUCGCAUUCUGAUCGGGUACAACCGCGGCUUGGUCGUCCUCUGGGACCGCGCGACCUCCACCCCCACGCACACGUUCGUGUCGAAUCAACAGUUGGAGAGCUUAUGUUGGAAUGAUGACGGAGAACACUUCACAUCGUCACACAACGACGGCUCCUACGUGAUGUGGGAAGUGGCCGGCGCUGCCAGCGACCGUCCUCUGAAGGAGCCAGUCACACCCUACGGCCCUUACCCGUGCAAAGCCAUAUCUAAGAUCCUCAAUAGAACCAGUGUUGAUGGAGAUGAAAUCGUUAUAUUUGCCGGUGGCAUGCCCAGAGCGUCUUAUUCGGAUAAGUACACCGUCACAGUGCAGCAGGGUGAAAAACAUGUGGCAUUCGACUUCACCAGCAGAGUAAUCGACUUCUUCACAACAACGCCCGUGCCGCCCGACGGCGUGCCCUUGCAGGAGGAGCGGCCCGACACGCCCGCGCAAAUACUCGUGCAGACUGUCAACCAAGUGGCUGCUGCUUUGGUGGUGCUAGCGGAGGAGGAGCUGGUGGUGAUCGACCUGUGCGACGCGCGCUGGCGGCCGCUGCGCCUGCCCUACCUCGUGUCCAUACACGCGUCCGCCGUCACCACCAUGAACCUCGUCGACAACGUGGCCGACACCGUCUAUGAUAAUAUUGUAGCUGCAGGGCAACAGCAAAUCGAGAACAUAUACUCGGACAGUCCGUGGCCGAUAUCCGGCGGCAUCGUGGAGACGCCCGAGCCCUCCGGCCGGCAGGUGCUGCUCACUGGCCACGAGGACGGCUCCGUCCGCUUCUGGGACGUCACCGGCGUCGUCAUGACGCCGCUAUAUAAAUAUACUACGGCUCCGCUUUUUAGCGGGCUGAAAAGAUCGACGCCGAGUGGUGAAGAGAUAGGCGAAAAUAAUGACAGUCAAAACGACGAAGAGGAGUGGCCUCCAUUCAGACGAGUCGGUACCUUCGACCCGUACAGCGAUGAUCCACGCCUCGGUGUUAAAAGAGUUCUCCUCUGUCCUUUAUCUGGUAUGUUAACUAUUGGUGGGGCAGCUGGUCAUAUCGUGAUCGCUAGUCUCAAGACGUCACCAAGUACCGCUGAAGUUAAGUCGAUACCAGUAAACAUCGUGUCGGAUCGCGAUGGCUUCGUGUGGAAAGGCCAUAGCCAAUUGACAUUACGGUCCGGGCCUCUUACUUUCCCGGCAGGAUAUCAGGCCAGCUGUAUAGGGCAGCUGUCGCCGCCCGCGGCCGUGACGGCGCUGGCGGCGCAGUGGGAGUGGGGCGUGGUGUGCGCGGGCACGGCGCACGGCCUGGCGCUGCUGGACGCGCUGCGCGUGCAGCCGCUCAUACACAAGUGCACGCUCAAUCCGCAUGAUCAUUCGGGUGCUGGUGACACUCCGAUUUCAAGAAGAAAAUCAUUCAAGAAGUCUUUGAGGGAAUCAUUUAGACGGCUCCGGAAAGGCAGGUCACAGAGACGCCAGACCACAACAUCCUCUAGCCCUACAUCACCCACACAACCAGCCGCAAAGAAAGUGACAGACAAGGCAGUGAGUGAAUCCGACGCGGACGUGAAGCCCAUAGAGCGCGCGGUGGAGGCGCGCUCCACAGACGACGCGUACGGCUCUAUGGUGCGCUGCCUGUACUUUGCCCGCACUUUCCUUAUCAACACACAAAAGUCAACACCAACUCUAUGGGCGGGUACUAAUAAUGGAACGGUGUACGCGUUCACGAUACACGUGCCUAAUACAAACAAACGGAAAGAGGAACCGGUAACAUGUCAACUUGCUAAAGAAAUCCAGCUGAAGCACAGAGCGCCUGUCAUAGGCAUCACCGUGUUAGAUGGCGCUGCUGUGGUGCCCUUGCCUGAUCCCUUAGAGGUGGAGCGCGGCGUGGCGGCGCUGCCGGAGGGCAACGCGCACCGCGUGGUCAUCACGUCGGAGGAGCAGUUCAAGGUGUUCUCGCUGCCCGCGCUCAAGCCCCACAACAAGUACAAGCUCACCGCGCACGAGGGGGCACGCGUGCGCCGCACGGCGUUCUCCUGGUUCGAGUGCGCGGGCGCGGCGGGCGCGGGCGCGGGCGAGGCGCACCGCGAGUGGUGCCUGCUGUGCCUCACCAACCUCGGCGACUGCCUCGUGCUGUCGCCCGACCUGCGCCGCCAGCUCAACGCGGCCGCCGUGCGCAAGGAGGACAUCAAUGGCAUUUCCAGCCUCUGCUUCUCGAAACGUGGCGAAGCUCUCUAUCUUCACUCGUCAUCAGAGUUACAAAGGAUUACGCUCUCUGCUACAAAGGUGACGAUCGCUCAAUGCCAUGUAUUGCUAUCACCAUGGGCGGCGGCUCUACGGGGACCCGCCGAAGAAACUCCACUCACUAAUGGGGAGCAUAAAGAGGAGCCGGCGACGUCGGAAGCAGUGCACGACGUGACGGCGGCGUCGGGCGACAUCACCGUGGACUCGGUGCGCGACCACCACGCUGAAGCGCCAGAGCUUAAUAUUAAUUUACAGAAUUCGCAAGUGAACACGAGCUCGAUGGUGGUGAAGACGACGACGCGCACCGCCGUGGGCGAGGCGAGCGUGGACGGCGUCACCACCACAACCACCACCACUACUACUAAUUCUACAGCGGAAAAUAUCCUAGAACACAGUCGCGAGGAAGGAGUCAUCACUCGCAUCGAGACGGGCACGGUGACGGUGCCGGCCGGCACCGACCCCAAGCUGAUCCUGGAGAUGUUUGACCGCCAGCGCUCGCACAUAUCAGUGCCCACGCCCACGCCCACCGCUGUGCCGGCCGCCGACUCC